AUGGCGGCCUCCGGGAGCGGUGCACCGGGCGGCCUGGCCUCAAACCACUGUGACGCUACGGUCCCGGCGUGUGGCUCUGCUCCCGGGCCGCCUGCCUCCCCUCCAGCUCACGGCCUUCAGCGGGAGCCCGUGUACAACUGGCAGGCCACCAAGAGCUCUCUGAAGGAGCGCUUCGCCUUCCUCUUCAACAACGAGCUGCUCAGCGACGUGCGCUUUAUCGUGGGCAAAGGCCGACAGGCCCAGAGGAUCCCCGCGCACAAGUUUGUGUUGGCAGCGGGCAGCGCGGUCUUUGAUGCCAUGUUCAACGGGGGCAUGGCCACCACUUCAGCCGAGAUAGAGCUGCCUGACGUGGAGCCUGCCGCCUUCUUAGCCCUGCUCAGGUUUCUGUAUUCUGACGAGGUCCAUAUUGGUCCAGAGACUGUUAUGACGACGUUGUACACAGCAAAGAAGUAUGCUGUCCCUGCACUGGAGAGUCACUGUGUGGAGUUCCUCACCAAACAUCUUCGAGCCGACAACGCUUUCAUGCUUCUAACUCAGGCUAGAUUAUUUGACGAGCCUCAGCUUGCAAGUCUCUGCUUGGACACUAUCGACAAAAGCACUGGAGAUGCAAUAAACGCAGAGGGGUUCACAGAUAUUGAUCUCGAUACGUUAUGUGCGGUGCUCGAGCGGGACACUCUGAGCAUCAGGGAAAACCGUUUGUUCGGGGCCGUGGUGCGCUGGGCUGAGGCAGAGUGCUACCGGCAGCAGCUUCCCCUCUCGUCUGAAAACAAGCAGAAAGUAUUAGGGAAAGCUCUGCCGCUCAUUCGCUUCCCACUCAUGACUGUGGAGGAGUUCGCUGCAGGGCCUGCCCAGUCUGGGAUAUUGUUCGAUCGGGAGGUGGUAAAUCUGUUUUUACACUUUACAGUAAACCCCAAACCGAGAGUCGAGUACAUAGACCGGCCACGCUGCUGCCUCCGCGGAGAGGAGUGCAGCAUUAACAGGUUCCAGCAGGUGGAAAGUCGAUGGGGUUACAGCGGCACGAGCGACAGGAUCAGGUUUAAUGUAAAUAGGAGAAUAUCCAUAGUCGGCUUUGGUUUAUAUGGUUCGAUACAUGGGCCAACAGAUUAUCAGGUCAACAUACAGAUCAUGGAGAGUGACAAGCGGGUCACUCUGGGUCAGAACGACACAGGCUUCAGCUGUGACGGGACGGCCACCACCUUCAGGGUCAUGUUCAAGGAGCCGGUAGAGAUUCUACCCAACGUGAGCUACACGGCAUGUGCCACUCUCAAGGGCCCAGACUCUCACUACGGCACCAAAGGUUUGAAAAAAGUCACUCAGGAGUCUGUCACCGGGACCAAGACCACAUUUGUCUUCUUCAGUUCUCCCGGAAAUAACAACGGUACCUCAGUGGAGGACGGACAGAUCCCAGAGAUCAUUUACUACUCUUAA